UGAAAGGAGCGGGGAGAGAGAGAGAGAGAGAGGGAAGGAGGACUGGCAAGGUGGCGGGAUUUGUGUUGAAGCCUCUGCUCUGUCAGACAUGCGCAAGAGCGUCAGCAGCAGCCACAGCACCACCACCACCACCACCACCACUGCGCUGCGUUUCCGCCUUGGCUGAGUGGCGCGCACAGCCGAGAGGGGAGGGGAGGGAAGCCGAGAAGGCGAGCGGAGCCGCCGAGACGCAUUGGGGCACAGCACGGACUCCGAGCAAAUUACACCGACGCACCAACAUCCCAGCAGCCCUUCAACCGUAUUUACACGCCUAGAAGCGACCUGUGCGGUGCGCGCCGGAGCCUUCCAGCAUGGAGACUGCGCUAAAAUAGAAGAACUAAAAUUCUGAAAAUGAAGAAGUUCAACAUCAGGAAGGUGCUGGACGGCUUGAAAGAGGUGUCCUCCUCCACCCCGUCUGUCCAAGUGGGGCCACAGGAGAACCAUCUGAUCCAGGAGACCAUCCAGUCCGAGCAUUUCCAGCUCUGCAAGACUGUCCGCCAUGGCUUUCCCUAUCAGCCGUCCUCCAUGGCUUUCGACCCGGUGCAGAAGAUACUGGCCAUCGGCACCCAGAGUGGGGCUCUCAGAUUGUUUGGUCGUCCAGGUGUGGAGUGUUACUGUCAGCACGAGAGUGGCGCGGCCGUCAUCCAGCUACAGUUUCUCAUCAAUGAGGGAGCGCUGGUGAGUGCUCUGGCCGACGACAGCGUCCACCUGUGGAACCUGAGGCAGAAGAGACCAGCCAUCCUCCACUCCCUCAAGUUCAACAGAGAGAGAAUAACUUUCUGCCACCUGCCCUUCCAGAGUAAAUGGUUGUACAUCGGCACAGAACGAGGGAACAUCCACAUCGUCAACGUGGAGUCCUUUACGCUCUCAGGCUAUGUCAUCAUGUGGAACAAAGCCAUUGAACUGUCCUCCAAGGCUCACCCUGGACCAGUUGUCCACAUAAGUGACAACCCCAUGGAUGAGGGCAAGCUUAUAAUUGGAUUUGAGUCUGGGAUCGUGGUCCUGUGGGAUCUGAAAUCAAAGAAGGCCGACUAUCGCUACACUUACGAUGAGGCGAUCCACUCAGUUGCCUGGCAUCACGAGGGCAAGCAGUUCAUUUGCAGUCACUCAGAUGGUACUCUGACCAUAUGGAACGUCAGAGGCCAGGGCAAACCUGUACAGACAAUCACCCCACACGGAAAACAGCCCAAGGACGGGAAGAAGCCAGAGCCUUGUAAACCCAUUCUCAAAGUGGAAUACAAAACCACUAGAAGUGGGGAACCCUUCAUAAUCCUGUCUGGUGGUCUAUCGUACGACACGGUGGGCCGGCGGCCUUGUUUGACAGUAAUGCAUGGGAAGAGUACUGCCGUGCUGGAGAUGGACUAUCCUAUAGUCGACUUCCUCACCCUCUGUGAGACACCAUACCCAAAUGAUUUUCAGGAACCUUACGCUGUGGUGGUCCUUCUAGAAAAGGAUUUAGUGGUGAUCGACCUUGCACAAAAUGGUUACCCCAUAUUCGAGAACCCCUAUCCUCUGACUAUCCACGAGUCUCCUGUGACCUGCUGCGAGUACUUUGCCGACUGCCCUGUGGACCUCAUACCUGCACUUUACUCUGUUGGCUCGCGGCAGAAACGACAGGGCUACAGCAAAAAGGAAUGGCCUAUUAGUGGUGGAAACUGGGGUCAAGGCACACAAAGUUACCCAGAGAUCAUCAUCACUGGGCAUGCCGAUGGAACUGUGAAGUUCUGGGAUGCCUCUGCAAUAAUGCUCCAGGUCCUCUAUAAGCUCAAAACAGCUAAGGUGUUUGACAGAAACCGGUCCAAGGAGGACAAGGGCAGCACUGAGGUGUCAGAUGAAGACCCCUUCGCUAUUCAGCUCAUGGCCUGGUGCCCUGAGAGCCGAAUGCUCUGUGUGGCCGGGGUGUCAGCCAAUGUUCUCAUCUACCGCUUCAGCAAGCUGGAAGUAACUACUGAGGUGGUGCAGUUACUAGAGGUGCGAAUGCAGUACGAGCUGAACGACAUAGAGUCUCCAGACGGCGGGGGUGGAGGGGGAGAACAGACAUCAGCCCAUCCCACGCCUGGUGCCUCCCCUCAGACAAGUGGCCCACCUUCACACCCCUCCACCAGCAGCAACAACUCUGACGGAGGCAACAUCCCCUGCCUCAAAGUUCGCAGUACUCCUUUGAAGCAGUCUCCUGGUUACCAGGUAGAUCUGGUGGUCCAGUUAGUGUGGGUGAGUGGAGAGCCUCCUCAGCAGAUCACAAGUCUGGCGCUCAAUUCCUCCUACGGACUUGUGGUGUUUGGCAACAGUAAUGGUCUGGCAGUGGUGGACUACAUCCAAAAGACAGUGGUGCUAAACCUGGGGACGGUCGAGCUUUACGGCUCCAGUGACCCCUACCAGAGACAGCCCCGCUCGCCAAGAAAGUCACGACAGCCGUCUGGAGGUCUGUGCGACAUCAACGAGGGCUCGGCCACAUCGGAGGACCGCUGCAAGUCCCCCACUUCAGUGUUGACGUCAAACAGCAAUCUACAGCAAUUCUACAAUGGAGGUGGUAGAGGAGCAAAGAUGUCACGGAAAUUAAGCUUGCCUACUGAGCUAAAGCCAGACUUGGUCCUCCUGUCUGUAUGCCCGCCGCGGGGUGCCAACCCAUUAGACCACCGGGACAACUCCUUCAGCCGCUCACGCUCCUCCAGCGUCACCAGCAUCGACAAGGAAGCACGAGAGGCCAUCAGCUCCUUCCACUUCUGUGAGACCUUCGCCCGGAAGGGGGACAGCACUUUGACACCUUGCCUCUACGUGGGCACCUCCCUGGGCACGGUGCUGGCUCUAGCUCUUACAUUGCCACCUGCAGGGGAGCAACGGCAACUGCAGCCAGUUAUCAUUUCACCUACAGGCAUGUUGGUACGUCUCAAGGGCAGCGUCUUGAGGAUGGCUUUCCUGGACUCAGCAGGCUCCCUGCUGCCCCAUGCGUAUGAUCCUUGGUAUGAACCCAAUGUUACAGCAGAUGGUGAAGAACGAGAGAAGGUUCGCAAGCGCAGGCCCGUCUCAGUGUCCCCCUCCGCCUCCCAGGACUUCAGCGAGAGCCAGUACGCUGUGGUGUGUUCAGAGAAACAGGCCAAAGUCAUAUCCCUCCCCUCCCAGACCUGCAUCUACAAACACAGUAUCACAGAGACCUCCUUCGUCCUGCGAGCAGAUGUGGUGCACAUGAGCCAAGGCGUGUGCGUGGCGUGUUUCUGUGCCAACGGCCACAUCAUGACCCUCAGUGUGCCGGGCCUGAGACCGCUCAUGGACGUAAACUACCUGCCUUUGACAGACAUGCGGAUAGCCAGGACGUUCUGCUUUGCCAACCUGGGUCAGGCCAUGUACCUCUGCUCCCCAACUGAGAUCCAGAGGAUCACUUACAGCCAGGACAUCUGUGAAAACUUACAGGAGAUGCUGGGUGAACUUUUUACACCAGUGGAGACACCGGAGGCACCCAACAGAGGGUUCUUCAAGGGUCUGUUUGGGGGCGGCGCUCAGUCACUGGACAGAGAGGAGCUAUUUGGUGAGGUAGCAGCUGGAAAGGCAUCCCGAAGUCUGGCCCAGCACAUCCCAGGCCCGGGUGGCAUUGAGGGCAUGAAGGGGGCGGCCUCUGGUGUUGUUGGAGAUCUGGCACGCGCCCGGAUAGCACUGGACGAAAGAGGCCAGAAACUGGGUGAGCUGGAGGAGAGGACAGCUGCCAUGAUGGCCAGUGCAGAUUCCUUCUCCAAACACGCCCAUGAGAUGAUGCUGAAGUGCAAAGACAAAAAAUGGUACCAGUUCUGAUCAGUGAUGGGGGAGGAGCAGAACUCCACAGACACAACUGUCACCUUCCAUCGGCUCGCUGGACUCACAGUGACCCCCCGGCCAUUUGUCUGUCCGUUCAUCCAUCCCUCCAAGCCUUCUUUACUGGGACACUUGGGAUUUUCUUCCCUAGCACAAUGUUGAAUACUGUUCUUACCUCAGUCUUAGGGUGGAACUGAGGGGUAGACAGGAGAGAAGGACAACCUCAGAGGGAGCAAAUAAAUGGUGUCCUUUUUUUAUGUUCUUGUCUCUUUGUUCAUCUCAGUUCAGCCUCCCCUCCAAGGUAGCCGACUGGCCACGCACCUGCAGAUUCUUCAGUCUCAUUUGCCAAAAUGUCCUUUUGCUGUUGUCUCCACUCUGAGCCCAUCUGGAGGCCAGUAUUCAAACCGAGGAACACAGCUGAUAAAAGACAAAUACCUAAUGAAGAAAGAGACUACAAAAAAUUCUUAAAAUGUAAAAAGAAGGAAAAAGAAUCUAAAUACAUCAUUAUAUAUACAUAAAUCUAAUAAAUGUGCAAUGCUGUAUCCACUUCCGUGUGACAAAUACUAAAGAAAGGGAUGACGAGACGGCAGCAGGGUGUGAAGGAGGCAACGCUGGAGAGCGACAGGAAGUGCUGCGACAGUGACACCUCCUCUAUGCAGAGAGUCACAGGGAUAUAAGCAACUUAUUCUGAUGUACACUGGAUAUUUCACUCUAGACUCUCCUCUGUAUCUUACUGACUUUCAUAUCGUUACCAACAGUGUGUGUGUGUGUGAGUGAGUGUGAGUGAGCGUGAGUGUGUGUGAUUGUGUAUGUUAAUUUCUAUUUUCUUCCCAUUCCUCUACUUGUUAUUGUUUUUUGCUCUUUUGUCUGUAUUAUUGGAAAAUCUCUUAUUUUUCUAUUGUUGUGAAAGUGGAUAAUGUUUGAUUUGUUGAAAAAUACAUUUUGUGGCUUUUGUCUAACAACUCAGAUUAAUUUCUCCUUAUGAAAAGGGCUGGAAUCUAAAAGGAGGGCAAGGAUUAAAAGGCAUAUAUCAUUUAGUACUCACUGACAUGGCAACAUCAGAUUUCUUGACUCUGAAAUCUCGAAGCGAGUGCGCAUGAACCACAUGUUUAUCAUUUACCUGAGGACUUCAUUUAUCGACCUACCUAAUGUGAUUUUAACUGCCUCCCUCACCCUCUAAUGUUUUUGUCAGUUUGGCUUAUUCUGUGAGUGUGACCACAAAAGCUGAUGAGAUCAGUGUUAAAUAACAGUCAAGUCAAUUUGUUAGGUUUUUAGGAGUUUCCAAACUGUGGAGUACACAUCAGUAUGGAGAUGACAUACACAUUUACGUGUAUUCAUAUAUGCAGGAUAACAGAAAUGUGGCUGUAUAAUCAUACAUUUGAAAUUGCUGACAGUUGUCUGUAUGAGAAAGUUGUGUGUCUUGGUGCAAGAGACAGUUGUGUUUGGUGUCAGAAACCUUCGCCUCCAUUCUUAUCUCAUUUCUUAUUUCCAUAUUUGCAGUAAAGCUUAAAUGUGGUAUAUCUCUUUGUCUGCCAAGCUUUUAACCUUUAUUUGUAUAUAAGUAAAUAGUUUGACAAUCUAAGACCAACUGGAAAAUAAAUGUCAAGGUUGCUCACGCAACAUAAGAGGAGAGAGGCCAUAUUUUUUCUGACGCCAAAGAGUUGCUUUAGCUUUUCCACUGCAUUCAUCGUUUGGCUCAUCGCUCCAAGAGUCCCGACACCAGACGGUAAAGGGAAGCGUGUGGUUAGCUUCACCCAUGGAGUGCAGCCCCAGGAUCAGGUCCAUGUAGGACUAUUAUCAUCAUCAUCAUCAUAAUCACUGUUCAGGGUUCAAGAAAUGGAGCAAGUUGCAAUGGAAUUCAGCCAUUUAUAGUCGUAUUGUAUCACAAUAUGUCAGAAAAUCCAGCAGUUGGUCGAAUGUUUCAUGUCUGAAGUGGCCUGACUGUCGGUUUAUAAGGCUCUUUGUCUCAACAAAAACCCAAACCAUUCCACCACAGAUUAGACACAAACAAUAUUUAUGGUAUUCAUCAAUGUGUGUGUGUGUGUGUGUGUGUGUGUAUGCCUGGGAUGAUGUGUGUGUCCGUAAGUCUCAGUCUGUCCGUGUGUCAGUGUGCGUUCAAGUGCUAUAAUUUAAGACAUUAUGUUCUGGCUGUUUAAUAAUUGGUGUUGAUGUCCUAGUCUCACCCUUCAGCAGUCUGUGACCAGUUUGAGUGUCUGUUACACUAACUAAAAGCCGCCAGUGAUGAUAAAAAGAUAACAAUGGGAUAACGAGCAUCAGAGGAUGACCUCUAAGUUCUGGUUUCAUUUAACUCGCGCAUGUUCAGUCUUUGCACAUAUCCUUCGCUUUGAAUCCUCUCUUCCUCCAAUGAGUCUUCCACUGACUCUGUUGGUUCCACAGCUCUUCAGACAUGGCCUUCUCUGUGUUUAGUAAGUCUUGUAGUGUAGAUGUUUUCCUCUUUUUUCCCCCGAGGGGAAGAAGAGGAAGAAAAAUAGCAACUUAAGGAAAAAUGACUAGCUUUAGCUGGAGGUCAUCCUCGAAAACCUGUUCUGUCUUUUCCCUUCUGACCCAGCUGUUAUUUGUGUGUUUGUCUUCUUCUUUUAUUUCAAUGUUAUACUUUUUUUUUUUUUUUUUAUCUUUGAGUGAUUUGUUUCUUGUCCUUCCACUACAGUAUGCAGUAUUCUUACCCGAUACAAUCCACACACUCAAACACAACAAGAGGGAGUCCUGUCUAUUUGCCAUACGCCAUCUUCUGUCCUGGAUUCAACAGUUAUCAGUGGGUUGCAGUAUUUUUCUCAUUGUAGCCAAUUUUCUUGUACAGUUUUAUGCAACUUUCACAUGGAUGUUUAUGACUUUAUCUGCUGCCACAAAAGUUUAGAAAUUCUGUAGAUAGAGAUUACUGUGCAAUGGAAAAUAAAAGUGGAA